CUGGGUUGGGAGGGGGAAACCGCGCGCUCGCCCUUCUCCGGCGGCCGAGCAGAGAGAAAGAGCCGAGCCGGCACUAAACGGAGCGCUUUCUCUCUCUCUCUCCGCCUCCCAAGAUGCCGCCGCCGCUGCUGCUGCUGUUGCUGCCGCUGUUGCACCUGUGUGGCUGGCCGGUGCGGGACGCGGCGGGGUCGUUGGCAACGGAGCCGGGCCGGCGGGAAGACGGGGCGGCGGCGCUGAGCUUCCAGCUGAGCCUCCAGCCGGCGCGGCAAGUCAGCCCGUUUUUCCUCUCCGUCACCCUCGACUCCAACCUCAUCACCGACCCCAAGUACAUCACCUUCCUCGGCUCUACAAAACUCCGCACAUUAGCCAGAGGUUUGUCUCCUGCCUUCUUGAGGUUUGGUGGGACCAAAGGAGACUUCCUGAUCUUCGAUCCUCAACAGGAGCCAACCCCUGAGGAGAAGAUUUUCCAGGAUUUCCUUAGAAAACAAGCAACGGUGGACAUCUGUGCAUUCAGAACUGCCCCUUUGGAUUUCAUAGCGCAACUGCAAUCUCAAUGGCUUUUUGAGCAGAAACUCAUCUUCCGGGAGCAAGUGAAGAACAGGUAUAAAAACAUCACAUUUACAGGAAGUACACUGGAUAUUUUAUACAACUUUGCAAAUUGCAGUAAUUUGCACCUGAUCUUUGGCCUCAAUGCUUUAUUACGGAAAGACAGUUCCCAGUGGGACAGUUCAAAUGCUCAGCAGAUUAUGAAUUACACUAAUUCCCAGAAUUACAUCUUGUCUUGGGAACUCGGAAAUGAGCCUAACAGCUUUUUGCACAAGUCUGGAAUAGAAAUCAAUGGCCACCAACUCGGUAAAGAUUUCAUACAACUGCGGCAGCUUCUGAACAAUUACAUCCACUACAAAAACGCCAGAAUCUACGGCCCCGACUUAGGAAGGUCAAAUCGGAAGCACAGUAAAAUUUUGCUUAAAAGUUUUCUGAAAUCAGGAGGCAAAGUACUUGAUUCUGUCACGUGGCAUCAUUACUAUAUUAAUGGACGAAUUGCUACAAGGGAGGAUUUCCUGAAUCCAGAUAUACUGGAUAGCUUCAAGACCAACGCAGAGGAAGUGCUUCAGAUUGUGAAUAGCACAGUACCCGAGAAGAGAGUGUGGCUAGGAGAAACAAGUUCAGCUUUUGGAGGCGGAACUCCUAAUUUGUCUAAUGCGUACAUUGCUGGUUUUAUGUGGCUGGACAAGCUCGGACUGUCAGCCCAGCUGGGCAUUGAUUUAGUCAUGAGACAGGUCUUGUAUGGAGCAGGAAACUACCAACUGGUGGACGCCAAUUUUGAACCUUUGCCAGACUAUUGGCUGUCCCUGUUGUACAAGAAAUUGGUUGGCUCCAGAGUCCUGCGCGUUGCGAUAACUGGCUUAGAUCCAAAGAAGCUCCGCGUGUACCUUCACUGUACAAAUACACACCACCCAAAGUACAGAGAAGGUGACAUCACUUUAUUUGCCUUAAAUCUCUACAACAGCACCAAGCACCUCUACAUACCAACUUACUUUUCCAAGAAGCAAAUAGAUGAGUAUCUUUUACUACCUUACGGAGAAGAUAAUUUACUUUCCCGAUCUGUGCAGCUGAAUGGCGGCCUCCUAAAAAUGCCCAAUGAUGAGACGCUACCAGUUUUACAGGAAAAUCCUCUUAUACCUGGCCACAGCCUUGAUCUCCCAGGUUUCUCAUACGGGUUUUAUGUAAUAAGAAAUGCCAAAGUAUUGGCUUGCAUUUAAUAAGUUCAUACACAUUUUCCAAACCCAGAAGACAAAAGAUUUUAUUGAGAUUGACUACUUCAGCUCAGAGGAAGAGAAAACCUUUAAAUAACAUUUAUAUUUUUGCUCCAAGCACAUGCUCCGUUGUUCCUUUUUACAAGUUAGUAAAGCUUUUUAAUUUAAGAAAAAUCCAUACCAAAAAAAAAAAUCAUAAAACAUUUUGUAAAAACAAAAAGUCUAUAUUUUCUUAUGGGCAAUUUCGCCCUCAUUUCUCUUUUUUUAAAGUCGAGAAAUUGCACGACAACAUUUGGGAAACUCCUGCAAGUCUUCCAAUUUGCAAAUUAUAAAUUAGGUUGGUUUGGAUUUGUCCACAUCUUUAUUCCAGGUAAAAUAAAACGUGUCACAGACUCUCCCCCCAAAAUAUUUUAGUGGCGGAAUGCAAGAGGAAAUAAAAUACGAAUCAUUUACUUCAUGCUCUGACUGCCAUUCAAGCUUAUCUUUGAAUUCUAAGCGAGGGUAGAAAGCACUUUAUUUCCUCGGAUGCUAUCUGGGGAACAAAGACUCUGGUAUCAAACAAGGAAACAAGGAAAUGGAUGGCAAAGGUGUAGAUUAUAGAACUGCUGGGAAUGAAUAAUAGAACAGGCCACUCAAAUGUUUAGGAAAGUCAACUGAAGAUUAUCAGAAAGCAUGAGCCACCGUGUUCCAGACAGAAUCAAAGUCAGGGGCGGGAUUCAGCCGGUUCGGAUCAGUUUGGGCGAAUCGGAUGUUAAUUUUAAUCUGGUUUGCCAAACCGGUUGUUACAAGGACUAGCUGGCCCCUUCUGUCCCUCCUCACCCCUCCCAGGAGUCUCCACGCGGCCAGUUUUGGAUGCCAGGUAAAUGCAGGGAGGCUCUGGGAGGGCGAAAAACGGGCUGGAAGUCUGGAAAGAGCCGUUUCCAGCCUCCGGAGGCCAGGAGAUGCCGCUUUGACCCUCCCAGAGCUCAAGGAAAAUCCCCGGAGUCUGCCGUGGUGCAGGAAGCUGACUAGGCCACGCCCCCAUGGCCACGCCCCCCAGCCACGCCCCCCAGCCACGCCCCCCAGCAACCAGGCAGAGAACCGGUUGCUACAUUUUUUCAAUCUUGCCCCUGAUCAAAGUCAAUUACUAUAUUAUAUACGAUAUAUAUCUGUGAUUGAUCAAGCUCUUGUUUUUGAGUUGGUUGGCAAUCAGGUUCUAUUCUCAGGUCCUCGGAUUUAAAGGCACGGAAGCCAAGAAAUGUUAAAUUUUCUCAGGGUGGAUUCUUUCAGCCACAGGUGCUUUUCGUUGAUGGAAAUACAAAAGCCUUCCAGUAUGGCACAUUUCCCUUGUCCCCAUGCUAACUGUGCAAGCCAGACGUUGCCUUUGUUGGAUCGGAAUAUGGGGUCUUGCACUCCCAACGGUUCUGGAUUCUGUCUCUGGCCUCUGGGUAGUGCUGAGAAAAAUGAUUGUUUUUGCAACUCUGGACACUUUCUGGCUGCUAAUUGAGGCAAGCAGUGCUGAGCAAGAUGGACUAGACUAAAGGGCCCAUCUGGCCCUCUCGAGCGUUUCUAGACGUUGGUGUGUGUAUAUAUUUUCAUUUGACGUGUGCCUCUAUUGUUUUGGA